CAUUGUACGCGUCUCACUCGAUCGUGUCUCGGCGACAUGCGUAGUAGAGUGGACAUCAUGCCAGAUUACCAUGCAUGCAUAUGAUCCACCGCUUACUUACGAUCCAAGCCAAGCCCGGAUCCGAGGCGAAUGUUCCUAACGGCUCAUGCUCUUCGUCCAUGGUGCGCACGUGUAAAUGGCGGCAGCGCCACUCUCUCUGUCUCCACUCUGUCGGCAACAGAGUCAGCUUAAACCACAUGAAACUCCAGAUCCUAUGCCAAGCCAGGCAACCUGUACAUAAGACACGGGACAUUGCUCGUUCCCAUCCAUACACCCUCAACCUGUGGCGCUCGGUGUAGCUCGCUCCCGAGCCAAGCAAACGACUUCUCCAAUGCCGAUGCCGCGUCCCCCGGAGCCGUGGCCGCAGCACAUCAUCCCACCUGCCAAGCGGCGGCGGCGCACGCAUACACCGAUGGCCGCGAUCCCACCAACGUCGCUGCUUCUGCUUCUGCUAGCGCUGCUGGCCGUCUCUGCUGCCGGCGUGGAGCCGCCUCAGCAAGAGCGGAACGCGCUCCAGGCCUUCCUCAUCGCCAUGCCGCACGAGCGUGACCUGGGGUGGAACUCGCCGUCCGCGCCCUCGGCAUGCCUCUGGCCUGGCGUCACCUGCGACGCGAGCAACGCCACGGUUGUCGCCGUCCGCCUCCCGGGCGUCGGCCUCGCCGGCGCCCUCCCCGCUGGCACGCUCGGCAAGCUCCAGGGCCUCCGGACGCUCUCCCUCCGCUCCAACCGCCUCUUCGGCCCCAUCCCCACGGACUUCUUCGCGCUGCCCCUGCUCCGCUCGCUCAACCUCCAGGGGAACCUUCUCUCCGGCACCAUCCCGCCCGAUGUUGCCGGGCUCACGGCGCUCCGGCACCUCGCGCUCUACGACAACCACCUCUCCGGCGAGAUACCGGCCGCGCUCGACGUCCUGACAGAGCUGCAGUCGCUUAGGCUGGACCGCAACCGCCUCUCUGGCGGCCUCCCGAGCCUGAGCGGCCUCCGGCGGCUCGAGGUGUUUAAUGUCUCUGACAACCAGCUCGCCGGUGCCGUCCCGGCCUCCCUCGCGGGCUUCCCGCCCGAGUCAUUCGGUGGCAACCUCCGGCUCUGCGGCGAGCCCCUCGACAAGCCAUGCCCGUCCCCCGGCGGCGGAGUCGUCCCACCAGUGCAAGAGAAGAAGAAGCGGCUCUCCGGCGCGGCCAUCGCGGCCAUCGCCGUGGGUGCCGCGGCUGCCGCGCUGCUCGCUCUCAUCCUGCUCGUGCUCUGCUUUGUCCGCCGCCGCCGGGACGACGCGGCAGCCAGCGGCGACAACAGGAACAAGGUGCCCACGCCAACGACACCGGCGAGAGGGCACGCGCUGACGCCGUCGACGGUGUCAGGCGAGAUGACCGACCUGACGUCUUCAAAGGAGAUACCGUCGGCAGCGGGCGGCGGCGCGGCGGAGAUGAUGAGGAGCCGGCUGGUGUUCAUGGGCGGCGGCGGCUACAGCUUCGACCUGGAGGACCUGCUACGGGCGUCGGCGGAGGUGCUGGGGAACGGCGUCGCGGGGACGACGUACAGGGCGGCGCUGGAGGACGGGACGACGGUGGCGGUGAAGCGGCUGAAGAACGUGGCGGCGGCGCAGCGGGAGUUCGCGUCCGCCGUGGAGGCGGUGGGCCGGGUGCAGCACCGCAACCUGCUCCCCGUCCGCGGCUACUACUACUCCAGCGACGAGAAGCUCCUCGUCGCCGACUUCCUGCCCGACGGCAGCCUCUCCGCCGCGCUCCACGGUAGCGGCGGCUCUGGCCGGACACCGAUGGACUGGAACAUGCGGAAGUGUGCCGCACUAUCGGCAGCGCGAGGGGUGGCGUACCUACAUGCGGCACACAGCCUCACCCAUGGAAACUUGAAGUCGUCAAACCUACUACUCCGGCACGACGACCUGGACGCCGCUGCACUUUCCGACUACUCCCUCCAACACCUCUUCUCCCCACCGCCGUCAUCCAUGCAGCGCAGUGUUGGCGGGUACCGUGCACCAGAGCUCGUGGAUGCGCGUCGACCGACAUUCAAGUCGGACAUAUACUCGCUUGGAAUACUUUUCCUUGAGAUCCUCACCGGCAGGGCCCCCACGACGGCGUCGAUAGGUGUGGGUGAUGGUGGCGUGUCAUCGGACCUGCCACGAUGGGUACAGUCAGUGGUAAGGGAGGAGUGGACGGCGGAGGUGUUCGACGCGGAGCUGGUGCAACUGGAUGGGGGCGCCGAAGAGGAGAUGGUGGCACUACUGCAGGUGGCCAUGGCGUGUGCUGCCACGACGCCGGACGCGCGGCCAGACACCUCUGAGGUCGUGAGGAUGGUUGAGGAGAUCAGCAUCGGGAGGGUCACGACAAAGGAUAGAGUGGAGGGUGCAUCCGAGGAGGAGCAGGAGUCAUCGGGCACGCCGACGACCAGCGCAACGUCGUGAUCCAUCGACACACACGACAUAUUUGGACAUAUGCAAACACCAUGUGUAAAUGUCCAAGGUUCUCAUGUGUACCUCAGCUCAACAACAAAAAUGAGGGAACCACAUGGGCUGAAUUGUUAUAAAAAAGAAUCAAUCAAAUCAUAUUUCUUCUAGAAGAACAAUGCUCAGUAAUGUUGUAA